AUGAUGAACUCUACAACCAGCAACUCGACUGCAGGAGAAGCGGAGACUGUGAAAGUGCUCAAAGCAUUAUGUUACUGUGUAAUCAUGCUCAUGUCGCUGGUAGGAAACACUUUGGUUAUCAUAAUUAUCUUCCGAAACACCAGAAUGCGGACCACCACUAACAACUUGAUCGCCAACAUGGCCAUCAGCGAUUUGCUGUUUCCGCUAUUUGCUGUUCCGAAGGAGAUAGCGCAGAUCGUGAUCGGCAAAUCGCGAUGGCUUGUCGUUGGCAUCGGAGGAGAAAUAUUAUGCAAGUUUGUGAAUUUUUCACAAGACAUCUCAACAGCCGUUUCGAUACUUAGCCUGGUUGUUAUAGCCUUCGAUCGAUUCCACGCGGUGAAAUUUCCCUUCCAACCUGCUGUAAUAACGCCUAAAAUUUGCCGCAUAGUAAUUUGUCUCAUCUGGGUUGUUGCCGUAGGCCUCCACUCGACGUACUUUUACACUUUCAAACUGAUAGUGGUAGGGAACGAUACAUAUUGCAAGAACGAAUGGGAGCCGGCCUUUGAAACUGCCUCCACUCAAAAAGUUUACUUUUUGAUCAUUUUCUUGGUGCUGAUAUUUUUUCCUAUCGCGGUGAUUACUAUAUUGUACACAGCCAUUGCAAUUGAAGUUUGGAAGCAAAAAGGACCCACUGAACACUCCUGUCGGGAGCGACAAAGGCGUGAACAAGAAAACAGAAGAGUGUUAAAACAAGUUGUGACGGUGGUCGUUGUGUUCGUUUCUUGCAUCACGCCUGUCACAAUAUUUAGCUGCCUUCUCCUCUUCGUCUGGAACAUAAAAAAAAUACCGCCUGGAAUAGAUGAAGUCAACUUUCAUUUCUGUGCAUUAUUUAUUAUGCAUUCUAACGCGGCUAUCAGCCCUUGUAUAUAUUUCAUCUUCAACAAAAACUAUCGGAAGGGACUCAGCGAAAUAUACGAAAGCUGCGCACGAAUUUUUACCGGCCUUGAGAAUCAAUCACUGGAAGCGACUGGUUCUACUAAGCCGAAAUACAAUUCUAAGGUUGAGCGCGUUGCAAAGAUAAGGUCGCCCAAAUGCCAAUACAUUUAA